UUGAGGAAAACCUCUAUUCAGGCUCCUGCUCCUGAUGAACCGAUUAUAAUCGUUGGUGGGGGUCUCGCUGGCCUAUCAGCAGCUCUAGAAGCUCUCAGUCGGAAUGCAAAGGUGAUAAUAAUCGACGGUGAAAAAAAUCUUGGAGGAAAUUCCGCGAAAGCAAGCAGUGGUGUGAGCGCUGCUGAAACCUCUACACAAAAAGCGAUGGGUAUCGAAGACUCCCGAUCUAGCUUCUUCAAAGAUACGCUCAGUGCCGGUGACCAUGAGAAUAAUGAGGUCCUAGUCAAUAUAUUGGUUGAUCAGUCGGCUGAUGCAAUAGAAUUUCUCAAAGAACUUGGUGUCAAACUUGAUGACGUCAAUCUAUGUGGAGGUCAUUCUACUCCGCGAACACAUUGGUAA